AGCGUGCACAAGUACCGGCUGGAGGAGGUGCUUGGCCUUGGAGGCGAUUCCAGGUCCUGGUGCUCGUGGUGUGGUAUUGCAAGUGGUGAAGAUUGACAGGGAAGCUGCUGUGUACUUGAGAGGAGGAGCGACCAAAAGGAAGGAGGAAUUGCUGUAUUGACUGAAUGAAGAGGUGGCUGGUGGAUUGUUUUUCUGUGUGUUGAUUAUUGAGAUUUCAGAAGAGGGGACCGUUGCAGGUUGGUCUGAAACUCUGAGGAGAGAGUUGUGGCAGCGGAUAAAAUUGCUGCUAGUGGUGUGCUGUUAGCAGAACCAGGAAGAUGUCAAGGUCAGUGAACACAUUUGAUAAAAUUUGUUUCUGGUGUGGACAGUCAGGACAUGUGAGGGCAUGUUGUCCUGAACUGAUCAGAGAAGGUUAUGGACACAGACAGAAUUGGUAUAACAGAGAACCUGGUUAUGGUUUCAGUAUGCGGGAUUGUGUUGCAAAGUCUUGGCAGAGAAGUGGGGAUUGGCUGUGUCCAGAGACAAGCUGUGGGAAUGUAAAUUUUGCAUUCCGUGGUGCUUGUAAUCGUUGCGGAACUGUACGUCCUUCUAGUGUCAGUGGAGUAUGUGCUGGUAGAGGGUCUCAAAAGGUAACUGUCCGGAUGACUGUUGAUGAUUUGGAAAAAUGGUACCAGUUCAAAAAUUGGUACCAGGUCAAAGGUACAGAACAUGGUGAUAAGAAAAUGUGUGAAGUUGCUGCUGUCUGUGCUAAGCAUUGUAGUAAUAUCUCAACUCAUGUUUGGUCUGAUCGCAAAGGUGCACCAUGGCUGAUUGAUUCAGGUGCAUCUCGACAUAUGGCUGGUUCCUAUGGAGAAUUUCAUGAUUAUAUUCCUGAGAUAGGUAACCAAAGUGUUAAAUUGGCCGAUGGUUCAGCUCAAGCCAUCACGGGUUCAGGAAAAGUUAUAUGAACUUGGGACUGGAAAAAAACUCGGGAUGGGAAGCUUACGUGAUGGCUUAUAUUACCUGGACAAGGAGGUGUCACCCUUUGUUGCAGCUAUGUUAUCUUCUUCACCAUUAG